CUUGAUUCUUCAACAAAACAUUCAUCAAUUCCCAAGAUUUCUCCAUUAACAGACCUCUCCAUCUCACUUGGUCUCCACUCUCACUCUUCACUUUCCUCUCCCCUAGGGUUUGGGUUCCUCCCUUCAUUCCAUCUCUUCCCCUUCUCGGGUUUUGCACCAACAUAAUUCUGAUUUCUGUACUCCACCAAAUGGGAAAGUGUUAAAUUGGGAAAGAAAUAAAGCCCGCAUUUUGUUUUUCAAGGAAAAGUAAACCCAUUUCGAAAGAAUUCAUUUUUAUUUUCAUAGAGCUGAGAUUUGGAUCAGUGAGAUCGGCAGAAAUGGUAGUUAUUGUAGUGAUGGGUUAAGCUUUAAGGAGAGAGAAAGAAAAGAUCUUGUUGUUAGCUGUCAAUGGAAGUUUGGUGAAAUUUAUUGUUUGUUUAGAACUAAAAGAAGGUAAAAAAGGAGCAGAAGAAUUGGGUCUGCCAACAUGCAUUUUGCUAAGCUUGAUGACUCUCCUAUGUUUCGUAAGCAGAUACAAACUUUGGAGGAAGGUGCCGACUCCUUGGGUGAAAGGUGUUUGAAGUUUUGCAAAGGAUGUCGAAGAUACACUGAAGGACUCGGUGAGGGAUAUGAUGGAGACAUAGCUUUUGCUAGUGCCCUGGAAACUUUUGGUGGAGGCCAUAAUGACCCUAUUAGUGUUGCCUUUGGAGGUCCUGUAAUGACAAAAUUCACCAUUGCAUUGAGGGAAAUUGGGACAUACAAAGAAGUUCUUAGAUCUCAGGUUGAACACUUGCUAAAUGAUCGAUUGCUGCAGUUUGUAAAUUUGGAUUUGCAUGAUGUCAAGGAGGCACGCAAACGCUUUGACAAGGCUAGUCUUCUCUAUGACCAGGCUCGUGAGAAGUUUUUGUCAUUACGAAAAGGCACAAGAAGUGAUGUAGCAACUGUCCUGGAGGAGGAACUCCAUCAUGCUCGGUCAACUUUUGAGCAGGCGCGAUUUAAUCUGGUUACUGCUCUUUCAAACGUUGAAGCAAAGAAAAGAUUUGAGUUCUUAGAAGCAGUUAGUGAGACGAUGGCUUCUCAUCUUCGCUACUUCAAACAGGGAUAUGAGCUGCUGCAUCAAAUGGAACCAUAUAUUAACCAGGUCUCGACUUAUGCGAAACAAUCAAAAGAGAGGUCCAACUAUGAACAAGCAGCUCUUAACGAGAGGAUGCAGGAAUAUAAAAGACAGAUUGAUAGGGAAAGCCGGUGGUCCUCAAAUGGUUCAAAAGGAUCUCCAAAAGGGGAUGGAAUACAAGCCAUUGGGAGGAGUUCGCAUAAGAUGAUAGAGGCUGUCAUGCAAUCUGCUGCAAGAGGAAAGGUCCAAACAAUUAGACAGGGUUACCUCUCGAAGCGAUCCUCGAACCUGAGGGGUGAUUGGAAGAGAAGGUUCUUUGUCCUUGAUAGCCGAGGAAUGUUGUACUAUUAUCGCAAAAGAAGCAGCAAACCUUCUGGUUCGGGCGCUCAACUUUCUAGUCAACGGAAUAGUUCUGAAUUGGGUUCUGGAUUGCUAAGUCGCUGGUUGUAUUCUCAUUAUCAUGGUGGGGUACAUGACGAGAAAUCGGUUGCUCAUCAUACCGUCAACUUGUUAACUUCAACAAUAAAAGUUGAUGCUGACCAAUCAGAUUUAAGAUUCUGCUUCCGAAUAAUUUCCCCAACAAAGAACUACACACUACAGGCAGAGAGUGCCCUGGAUCAAAUGGAUUGGAUUGAGAAAAUCACGGGGGUGAUAGCCUCAUUGUUGAGUUCCCAGACUCCCGAUAGGUGUUUACCCGUUAGUCCGAUGGGAAGCGGUCAUCAUCGGUCCACCAGCGAGAGUAGUUCAUUUGAAAGCGCUGACUUUGAUCAUGGAGCAAUCGAAGAGUACACUUCAGAGAGGUUUAACUCGUUACAGAUAGACCGUCAUGUGAGAAACACACAACAGCAAAGAACCGGUCUUAAAACUGAGAAGCCAAUUGAUGUACUGCGGAAAGUCUGUGGUAACGACAAAUGUGCUGAUUGUGGUGCUUCUGAACCAGAUUGGGCAUCAUUGAAUCUAGGUGUUCUUGUUUGCAUCGAAUGCUCUGGUGUUCAUCGUAAUCUCGGUGUGCACAUAUCUAAGGUGAGGUCACUAACUCUCGAUGUUAAGGUCUGGGAGCCGUCAGUUUUAAAUCUAUUUCAGUCUCUCGGAAACACCUUCGCCAAUUCAGUAUGGGAGGAAUUACUGCAGUCGCAGGGUGUCUUCCAAGUCGAUCUUGGCUCCAGGGGGUUGUACCAGGCUAAUAAGCCACAAAUGCUUUACUUCAGCAAGCCCAGUCCCACGGAUUCAAUUUCUACGAAGGAGAAAUUCAUUCAUGCCAAGUAUGCGGAUAAGAUUUUUGUUCGGAAGUCCAAGGACCACCAGCCUCUAGUACAGCAGAUCUGGGAUGCUGUCCGUGCCAACGACAAGAAGGCUGUAUAUGGGCUCAUUGUUCACUCAGAAUUAGACAUAAAUGCUAUUUACGGGCAAGGAGCUAGUAGCUCGUCUCUUACCCUUGCCAGAGUAAUGCUGUUGCAAGAGCAGACCGGCCAUGAUGAUCCCUACUCCGAUUGCUUGGAAGCUGAGGUGUUGCACGAUACGUUUCCAACCUCCACAAACCCCCCAUGCAUGAGCGAGGACAGUCACGCUGGGGAUCUCGAUGGAUGCUCCUUGCUUCACCUCGCUUGCGAGACUGCGGAUAUAGGAAUGAUAGAGCUUCUCUUGCAAUACGGCGCAAGCAUAAACGCUACCGAUUCUAGGUCACACACGCCCCUUCAUCGGUGUAUCAUCAAAGGCAAAGUCGCAUUAGCAAAGCUUCUCCUAACAAGAGGGGCUGAUCCGCGAGCCGUUGAUGACCAAGGAAGAUCCGCACUUCAGCUUGCCGUAGAAACUAGUUUUGACGACAAUGAGGUCCUUGCGAUACUGUCGGAAUCACAUGGAUGACGAGCUCAAUCAACGAAAGAAGCAAGAAAUGCAUCGUUUUUAGCGAGGAAGACGGUUCCUGGGGCGUUGGGAGCAAGUCUACUGUAAUUAUGUAUGAUCGCUUGCUCUCGGAAGGAGAAUGCCGUUCAUGAAUCCCAGGCUUCUGCAGAGGUAGCAUAUAUGCUUCUACAUUGACGAUCUUGAGGUUAAUUUAGCCAUUAUGAUUAAUGGUGAUGAGAAAAAGAUUUAGGUGUAAUGAAAUUGGUGUAUUAUAAGUAUAAUGUUUGUUGAGUUAUUAUUUAUUUUUAAUGGCGUGUUGUUGUUGUACAUGGUAUAGUUAGGAUUUUGAUGUUGUUUUGUUUUUGUUUUGUUUUUGAGUUGUGUAUACAUUGCCAAGAAUUUGGAUAGGAGUUCUCUUCUAAAUUAAUGUUGUUUUUAGGUGGUGCA